AUGGCCGACGAUCACGACUUCGAGGAUGGCGACUUGCUUAAUAUGGACGAUGCCUGGUUCUACAUGGAGGAUGAGAUCGAGCUAGCGGAUGAACUAGCAGAAGGCCAACUACCCGACCCGGGUUAUGCUGGUAACAACUACGAAAAUGAUGCGCAGGCCUUCGACUUCGACCUAUACCACUACUGGGACGAUCUCGAGUAUGCUGACGAUGCAUACGACGAUUAUCAUGUGAGGAAACCGGAGGAUGCAGGCAAGAAGAGGAAACACACGAGCCCGAAGAAAGCUGUGCCAGACAAGAGGCAGAAGACGAGCGCGAAGGGCAGGUUGACCCAACAUGAGUGGGAUCGUGAAGACGAGCCAGUGCUGUUUCAUAGCCUGGCAGAGCGAUACCAGAACUGGAGGCGGGAUCCACCACUGUUGAAGGAGGGAACAACUUUUGGCCUGUUGCCGGACUGGAAGACUCGCUUCGCUGGAAAGGAUGGCGCGAUACUGAAGAAAGCAAUGCCGGCCGCAAUGAAACAAGCUGCAGAGGGAGAAGGGUUGGAAGAUAUGGAGGAUGAUGAAGACGGUCAAGCUGAAGACGAAGAAUGGGAAGAUGAACCAGAAGGCGGGUUAGACAUGGAGGCUGCGCUGAAGGCUGCUCUCGAAGCGAAGCUCGGUACCAUGGCCAUGGAUGACGCGGAUAAGGAGAACUUCAUGCAGACCAUGCUGAAGAUGAUGUCCGGAGAAGGCGGCGAUGAUGCUGCCAACGAGCUCACCGAUGCCCUGCUUGGCAAAGUCACAUCGGAGACUGGUAACGAAGCACUCUCAGGCUGGCUGUCGGGGCAGGGUGUCUCAUUGGAAGAGGACGAUGACGCUUCGAGUAUCGCAACCACCGAGCAGGCUGGAUCUGCCAAUAUGGAAGACUCGCCAGUGGAUAGCGCCGUUGGUGAGAGCAUCCGAGGAGGGAGAAAAGCCACGCAGAUGCCUCUGCACUCAGGUUCUCCUAUCGAUUCGAAGAAGCGAUCUGCACCGUUGAGUAAGACCGAGAACGAGAGGCCCGGUAGGAAGCAGAAGAAGGUCAAAUUCGAUGUCUCUUCGUCAUCUGACCCGGUGCAGCCUAGUAAGCUGGCAGGAGUGAGUGAUGACUCCGGAACGACCGUCGCAGACUCCAAACAGCCCAACGCGAAAGCCGUCGACUCCAAUCCGGCAGUGCUACAAGACACGGCGAGCAAGUCACGCAAGAGAAAGGCCGCUCCUACCGAGACGACCGAUCCAGAUCCGCUUCCCGUGAAAAGAACGAGGAAGCGUGAGCUGGACGACCUAGGACCUGUACCUGACGUUCUUUCACCUGCACCGCCGGCGAAGCGGAUUCGAAGCGCGAGGGCGAAGAGUGGGAAAUAA